AUGCCGUACCGGCAGGCGAUGCUAUCUCUCUAUAACAGGUAUGCAGGGUCACUGUCCGCAGCGACAGUCUCGGGACCAGGGAGGCAGCAGAGACCCUAUGCUACAUCCAACUCUCCAUCGACGGUAAUUCCACAAUCAUCGGGGCCUGACGGUGCGGGGAUGUCAGAACCAGAACUCAGGAGCAGGAAGAGAAGACGGCAAUCUCGCUCAUUUUCGUCCACAUCAUCUAGCAGCUCUGCACUGAACGAUUCUCCCGACGGCGGACAUGGAGAGAAACAGCAGCCGCAGCUCAACUUCGCCGAACUGUCCAAAAUAGUUCCACAGCAGAGCCCUGACGGCGCCUCCUCGCUGUGGUAUAUUGUGGCAACCGCUGCUAUUCUUGGUUUUCAUCGUGAGCCCGCUGUUGGCGAGCUUUGGCAUUAUAUUAGCAGCCUAGGGGGGGAGCAGUCGCAACAACUUGCAGUCGCAAGAAGGAUCAGAGAAGCAUGCCUGAAAGCGAGUGUACUUGUUGGCUUCCCUAGGGGAAUCAACGGUCUGCUUUCUCUACAAUCUUCGUUACAGAAGAACUCCGCGGACCUGGUUCAAAUACUCAACUCCGACACGUCUCUGCGAGCACCGAUCCCACCGGAAGAGAAAUAUCGACGGGGAAAAGACUUCUUCUCCCAAAUCUACACCCAGCAUACGGACCGCGUGCUCGAAUCGAUGGGACGCAGUUCCGGAGGGGAUCUGAGCUACUACGCCGUCGCGAGCAUCUAUGGUGAACUGAUGGCCGAGACUAGCAUCAUGAAUGGCAAGGAGACGGGCAUUCUGGAAUUCGUUUGCUGUCUGGUCGAUGACGUAGCACCGCAGGCCAAGGGCCACUUCUUCGGCUGCCGCAACCUUGGUGCAUCCAAGACUGAGAUCCAGGGCACCAUCUCGUUGGUUCGAGAGAUGGCCAGACAAUUGGACCUGAGUCAUGUUCCUGGAAGUGGUGACCAAUUUAGAUUUCUGGGUAAGGCAGAGACCUGGUAG